AUGUGGUCUGGUAAACAUGCUACAAUUAAUCCUCAAGGUAUCAAAGAAAUAGUUAGUCGUUUUGCUCCAAUAUUUGUUGAUUAUGCACAAAAAGAUUCAUAUGAAUUUAUGAAUUCUCUUUUAAAUGCUCUUGAAAGAACAAAUUCAACAUCAUUUAUUACGAAUUUUUUUCAUAUUUAUAUAAAAUCACAAGUUACAUGUACGGCAUGUAAUUUCAUUGAUAUUACAGAUGAAACAACAACAUUUCUUUCACUUCGAUUACCUCGAAUAGCUUUACAUAAUAAAGAAACUUCAUUGGAAAAUUUAAUUAAUGAUUUUUGUUUAGAAGAUAAUUUGGAUGGAUUAUAUUAUUGUCAUUUAUAA